AUGUCACAGAAACCAUUAUGGUAUAGAUGGGCUAGAGUAUAUUUUGCUGGUGGUUGUUUAGUUGGUUUAGGUGUAGUAUUAUAUAAAACAAUUAGACCAACUGAUGAAGAAAUGAUUGCAAGUUUUUCACCAGAGGUUAGAGCAAAUUAUGAAAAUAAUCGAGAAUUAAGAAGAUUAGAACAACAAAGACUAAUGGAAAUUGCAAAACAAACAUCUAGUUCAGAUGAUCCAAUUUGGAAAACUGGACCGAUUGGAAGUCCAUUAGAAAAACAACAAAGAAAUUUAAGUAUGCAAUUAAUUGAUAAAGAAUUAUUUAAUAGAACAAAACAAGAAGAAUUACAAAAAUCAGAAAUUGAACAUGUAAAUAAAGAAGCUAAAGAAGCUGAAGAACUAAUGAAAAAGAAUAAAAAAUCAUGGUGGAAAGUAUUUUGA